CCUGCCAACCGGCCACCCUAUUACAUCGGGUCUGUCUCUCACGCGCAGUUGUUCCGUCGAAACAGCAACAUUAACACGUACGCGCGCACACAAACAUCGGAAUGCUGGCUCGGAUUUUAUUGUUAGCCGUCGGCAUUGCCGUCGUGGCUGCCGACAUCCGGUCAGAGAUUACAAAACUGGAGGAGCAGGUCGAGAGUGAGCGCUUGGAGCUCCAGGAAUGGAUCAGUCGGAUAGAGGAGAUCAAGCGAACCAUCGCCGAAGAGAAGGAGAUUAUUUCCCGCCAGAAACGCCACGGUGUUAUGUAUGGCAUCCCCAUGGUCAUGGGCGCAAGGGGUGAAUCGGGUCCUCCAGGACUCCCAGGAAGGGAUGGCGAGGCUGGUGCACCCGGGGUGCCGGGAGAACAGGGAGAAAAGGGCCACGCCGGGGCUCCUGGAGCGCCAGGUCCGUACGGACCCUGGGGCGAAGAGGGACCUGAAGGAGAGGCGGGGCCACCCGGACCACCAGGCGAGGAGGGACCCACAGGAUACCCAGGUGUUCCCGGCGAGCUGGGAGAUGAGGGAGAGGAUGGCGUUAACGGCACAGAUGGACAGGAGGGACCCCAAGGGCCGGUCGGCUACCAAGGGCCACAGGGAUUCCCCGGAUAUCCGGGAGAGAAGGGUGACAAGGGCAUAACCGGUCCUCCAGGAUUAACUGGAGACGCUGGGGAAGCCGGAAUACAAGGAUUUCGCGGGUUCCCUGGGAGGCGAGGGCUUAAAGGAGAAGACGGACCGGAAGGGCCACCGGGACCUGAAGGCGUUCCCGGUGCCAGAGGCCCACGUGGUGGACAAGGCGCCCCUGGCCCUUCGGGUCCCCAAGGCGCCCCUGGACGCGUCACAUAUUACCCUGUCCGUUAUGUAGCGGCAGCACCGAAAUAUUACAUGGCUGCCCCUUCUAAAUAUGCCUAUGCAAACAAAGGUUAAUUUUUGAAAUAAAUACUUUCCCCAUUCUGCUUACGUAACAUUUUAAAUACCGGUGAAUUCAUUAACUUCAAAUAGUAUUUAAAGACUUGUAUAAGUUUGAAAAUUGAAAUAAUCAUUGAAAGUCCAACCUCAGGGAAGUUGAAUUGUCUUGAUACAAUGCCAUGCAAAUAUUUUCAUAAUGCCAUUGAAAUUCAAUUGUCGAAGUAUGCAAUGCACUGAAAAUAAAAUUGAAAGCACAA